AUCGGCUAUUCAGGUUCUUCCUCCUCCGCUUCUGGGCAAAACCGGAAUCCGUCUAUCUAUUUUCCAUCCCCAUAUUAUUGGAAAUUGGAACUUGCUGCUGGUACGUCUGAUCUGAUCCUAAAUGAUCUUCUUUUUUUUUUUCCCUCUCGCCAUCUCUCUGGUCGCAUUUCAAUAUGGGAGCUUCUAUAGCUGCUGCGCCCGCGUCGGCGUUGCUAUAUAUCAAUGGCUUUACAUAGGCUUGAAUAGUCUUGGAUUAUAUCUCAAGACGCAUUUUUCAUACUCUCGUUCAUCACGACUGGUGCUGUCGCUAUGUAAUUCUAACACUCCUCUGUUUGCAGGUAACGAAGCAAUAUAGACUACUACGCUGCGCGACUCUGUCUUCUACCUGUCGCAAGUGCAUCCUUGCCAUCUUGGGCGGAGGAUAAGAGGCAGCAUCCUGUUUUGUUGCAGUUGCGUUAAUU